GCGAGUGGCUACUCCAUGACCCCCCCAACCUUGAACAUCACAGAGGAGUCACACGUCGUCGACACCGGUGACAGCCUGUCCAUCUCCUGCAGGGGACAGCACCCCCUGGAGUGGGCCUGGCCAGGAGCCCAGGAGGCACCAGUCACUGGGGACAAGGACAGCGAGGACACGGGGGUGGUGCGAGACUGUGAGGGCACAGAUGUCAGGCCCUACUGCAAGGUGUUGCUGCUGCGUGAGGUGCACGCCAACGACACAGGCAGCUACGUCUGCUACUACAAGUACAUCAAGGCCCGCAUCGAGGGCACCACGGCCGCCAGCUCCUACGUGUUCGUGAGAGACUUCGAGCAGCCCUUCAUCAACAAGCCCGACACGCUCCUGGUCAAUAGGAAAGAUGCCAUGUGGGUGCCCUGUCUGGUGUCCGUCCCUGGCCUCAACGUCACGCUGCGCUCGCAAAGCUCGGUGCUGUGGCCAGACGGGCAGGAGGUGGUGUGGGAUGACCGGCGGGGCAUGCGGGUGUCCACGCCGCUGCUGCGUGAGGCCCUGUACCUGCAGUGUGAGACCACCUGGGGGGACCAGGACUUCCUUUCCAACCCCUUCCUCGUGCACAUCACAGGCAACGAGCUCUAUGACAUCCAGCUGUUGCCCAAGAAGUCGCUGGAGCUGCUGGUAGGGGAGAAGCUGGUCCUGAACUGCACCGUGUGGGCUGAGUUCAACUCGGGUGUCACCUUCGACUGGGACUACCCGGGGAAGCAGGCAGAGCGGGGUAAGUGGGUGCCCGAGCGACGCUCCCAGCAGACCCACACAGAGCUCUCCAGCAUCCUGACCAUCCACAACGUCAGCCAGCACGACCUGGGCUCGUACGUGUGCGAGGCCAACAACGGCAUCCAGCGGUUUCGGGAGAGCACCGAGGUCAUUGUGCAUGGGGCCAUGGGGGGAAUCCCUGGUCAGUCAACCACGGGUCAGUCCUGGAUUUACACUGACUUCUCCUGUCUGGCAGAAAAGCCCUUCAUCAGCCCAUGUGGGCAGAUCCAAGGUGGCCUCUGCAGGAAGGAGCAAGAGAAGCGGGACAGGGUGCACACGUGCGCGAGGGACAGUGGACACAGGAAGGUGGUGUCGGCAGCCUGUACCGUGAGCAAGCUGGUGAUCCAGAAUGCCAACGUGUCCGCCAUGUACAAGUGUGUGGUCUCCAACAAGGUGGGCCAGGAUGAGCGGCUCAUCUACUUCUAUGUGACCACCAUCCCCGACGGCUUCAGCAUCGAAUCCAAGCCAUCCGAGGAGCUACUAGAGGGCCAGCCCGUGCUCCUGAGCUGCCAAGCCGACAGCUACAAGUACGAGCACCUGCGCUGGUACCGCCUCAACCUGUCCACGCUGCACGAUGCGCACGGGAACCCGCUGCUGCUCGACUGCAAGAACGUGCAUCUGUUCGCCACCCCUCUGGCCGCCAGCCUGGAGGAGGUGGCGCCUGGGGCGCGCCACGCCACGCUCAGCCUGAGUAUCCCCCGCGUCACGCCCGAGCAUGAGGGCCACUAUGUGUGCGAAGUGCAAGACCGGCGCAGCCAUGACAAGCACUGCCACAAGAAGUACCUGUCGGUGCAGGCCCUGGAGGCCCCUCGGCUCACGCAGAACUUGACCGACCUCCUGGUGAACGUGAGCGACUCCCUGGAGAUGCAGUGCUUGGUGGCCGGAGCGCACGCGCCCAGCAUCGUGUGGUACAAAGACGAGAGGCUGCUGGAGGAAAAGUCUGGAGUCGACUUGGCGGACUCCAACCAGAAGCUGAGCAUCCAGCGCGUGCGCGAGGAGGAUGCGGGUCGCUAUCUGUGCAGCGUGUGCAACGCCAAGGGCUGCGUCAACUCCUCCGCCAGCGUGGCCGUGGAAGGCUCUGAAGAUAAGGGCAGCAUGGAGAUCGUGAUCCUUGUCGGUACCGGGGUCAUCGCUGUCUUCUUCUGGGUCCUCCUCCUCCUCAUCUUCUGUAACAUGAGGAGGCCGGCCCACGCAGACAUCAAGACGGGCUACCUGUCCAUCAUCAUGGACCCCGGGGAGGUGCCUCUGGAGGAGCAAUGCGAAUACCUGUCCUACGACGCCAGCCAGUGGGAGUUCCCCCGAGAGCGGCUGCACCUGGGGAGAGUGCUCGGCUACGGCGCCUUCGGGAAGGUGGUGGAAGCCUCUGCUUUCGGCAUCAACAAGGGCAGCAGCUGUGACACCGUGGCCGUGAAAAUGCUGAAAGAGGGCGCCACAGCCAGCGAGCACCGCGCGCUGAUGUCGGAGCUCAAGAUCCUGAUUCACAUCGGGAACCACCUCAACGUGGUCAACCUCCUGGGGGCGUGCACCAAGCCCAAGGGGCCCCUCAUGGUGAUCGUGGAGUACUGCAAGUACGGCAACCUCUCCAACUUCCUGCGCGCCAAGCGGGAGACCUUCAGCCCCUACGCAGAGAAGUCUCCCGAGCAGCGCCGACGCAUCCGCGCCAUGGUGGAGCUGGCCAGGCUGGAUCGGAGGCCAGGGAGCAGCGACAGGGUCCUCUUUGCUCGGUUCCCGAAGAACGAGGGCGGAGCGAGGCGAGCUUCUCCAGACCAAGACGCUGAGGACCUGUGGCUGAGCCCGCUGACCAUGGAAGAUCUUGUCUGCUACAGCUUCCAGGUGGCCAGAGGGAUGGAGUUCCUGGCUUCCCGAAAGUGCAUCCACAGAGACCUGGCUGCUCGGAACAUUCUGCUGUCAGAAAGCGACGUGGUGAAGAUCUGUGACUUUGGCCUUGCCCGGGACAUCUACAAAGACCCUGAUUACGUCCGCAAGGGCAGCGCCCGGCUGCCACUGAAGUGGAUGGCCCCUGAAAGCAUCUUUGACAAGGUGUACACCACGCAGAGUGACGUGUGGUCCUUUGGGGUGCUGCUCUGGGAGAUCUUCUCUCUGGGGGCCUCCCCAUACCCUGGGGUGCAGAUCAAUGAGGAGUUCUGCCAGCGGCUGAGAGACGGCACGAGGAUGAGGGCCCCGGAGCUGGCCACUCCUGCCAUACGCCGUAUCAUGCUGAACUGCUGGUCUGGAGACCCCAAGGCGAGACCUGCGUUCUCGGAGCUGGUGGAGAUCCUGGGGGACCUGCUCCAGGGCGGGGGCCUGCAAGAGGAAGAGGAGGCCUGCAUGGCCCCACGUGGCUCUCAGAGCUCAGAAGAGGGCAGCUUCUCGCAGGUGUCCACCGUGGCCCUACACAUCGCCCAGGCUGACGCUGAGGACAGCCCACCAAGCCUGCAGCGCCACAGCCUGGCAGCCAGGUAUUACAACUGGGUGUCCUUUCCCGGGUGCCUGGCCAGAGGGACUCAGACCCAUGGUUCCUCCCGGAUGAAGACAUUUGAAGAAUUCCCCAUGACCCCAAUGACCUACAAGGCCUCUGUGGACAACCAGACGGACAGUGGGAUGGUGCUGGCCUCGGAGGAGUUUGAGCAGAUAGAGAGCAGGCAUAGACGAGAAAGCGGCUUCAGCUGUAAAGGACCUGACCAGAGUGUGGAUGUGACCAGGGCGCACCCUGACUCCCAAGGGAGGCGGCGGCGGCCUGACCGGGGGGCCCGAGGAGGCCAGGUGUUUUACAACAGCGAGUAUGGGGAGCUGUCCGAGCCAAGCGAGGAGGACCACUGCUCCCCGUCUGCCCGCGUGUCUUUCUUCACAGACAACAGCUACUAAGCAACAUCGGACGAGGCCCCCAGCACUCGGGGGUUCAGGCCCAGCAGGGCGGGCAGAGGGCUGGACACCCGGGUUGGGAACUCGUCUGGUUUAACUCUGGUGGCGCAGGAGUGUCCUUCCCUCUCUGCAAGCUUCCCAGCUGGGAAGAGCAGAACUCCAGGCCCGAGGCCCCUGGGAUUCUGUCACCACAACUGGCCAGGGCCACGCUCCAGCUGCCCGGGCUCCUCCCCCUGAGAUUCAGAUGUCAUUUAGUUCAGCGUCCACGGGUGCUGGCCCCGGGGCCAGCCCUUCCCAUGGGAAUGUCUCUGAUGACCUCUUUCG